AUGUUGUAUAAAUCAGAUCAUCAUGAAGUUGAACUCAAUUAUGCUAACAUUUAUAGUCAUUGCAGACAUAAAUGUCUACUAAAUCAAAAUGCUAUUAUGUUUCAAAUUGUUCGUUUCAAUUCGAUUUGGGUUGCGUUUCAAGUGAUAAAUUUUAAUUAUCGUGUGAUGGACGAAGCAUGUUCGUUCAUCAACGCAACAAAUGAUGGAGCUGUAAAAAAACUUUUUCUUUUAACUGCAUUUGAUGGAUGA